AUGACAUCUAUACAGGUUAAAAAGGCAUUAAAUGCAUUAUUGCGUGAUCCAGGAAACUCUAAAUGUGCAGAUUGUAAAACACAACAACAUCCAAGAUGGGCCUCCUGGUCCUUAGGUGUGUUUAUAUGUAUUAAAUGUGCAGGAAUACAUAGAUCUUUGGGUACUCAUAUAUCGAAGGUAAAAUCUGUGGAUUUAGAUACUUGGAAAGAAGAACAUUUAACUAUGUUAAUUAAGAUGCAAAAUAAUGAUCUGGCUAAUGAAUACUAUGAGAAUAAGUUGAGUCAUGAUACUGAAUCGCAAAACAAAUUGAGUAAAAUGUUGAUGGAUACGAACAAGCUAAGUUUAUUUAUCAGAAAUAAAUACGAAUAUAAAAAAUGGUGUGGUUUGGACAAAAUAGUUACGAAAGAUACUAAUAAUAGUGAUAACGACAAAAAUACAGGAAAGAAAUCAAAUAUUGAUUUAUUAAAUUCAGAACAUACCACUACCUUUGUUUCUAGCAUUAAUAAUGGUUCUAUUAAAAGUAAUGUAGAAGAAGACACCAGUGCUCAAUCGACAUUAAUUAAUCAAAAUAAUCUCCACCACCCAUAUUUAAAAUUGAAUCAAAUUGGCACACAAUCGCAACCAAAUAUAGUCUCUAGUAAUACUAAUAGUAAUAGAAAUAUCAUGUCAAAAAAUGAUAGACCAGAUUUGAAACGAUCUAUUUUAUCAUUAUAUUCUAAACCAAAGAAAACCAGUGGUAUGCAUUCAAUGACCAUGCCAUCAUUAGGAGAUACUAAAUUUCAAGCGAAUAAUAUUAUGUCAACAAAUAACACUAGUGGUAACAGCACUACUAGUGUUAAUAGUUACAAUAACACUAAUAAUUCAACUGUAUCAUUAGAUGACAAUGAAUUAUUUAAGAACGUCUGGCAAUAA